UAGGCGCAUCGUCUGACGUUUCUUUUGUCCAGUUUAGUUGAGCCUUUUUGCGUGAUGACAAAUGUAUCGAAUUUUAUAGAUUUGUUUACGUGCAUUUCCACGCAAUUGUGGGCCUCCAAGAAAUGUGAAAAUUAAGCUCAGAUCACAACAGAAAUACUACAUGGAUCGUUUCAGCCGCUCCGGAAUAGAGACACUGAGAAGUGAAAAAGGCCACAGAAUGGAACAACUGUCGGGUGUGAUGAUAAUUAUCAUCAUUGGUGGCGGAGUGCUCACCUUCGUGGCCCUUUUCAUAUUUGCCAAGCGCCAGAUAAUGCGCUUCACUAUACGAUCCAGGCGCGGACCACACGUCCCGGUCGGCAAUGAUGCGAAAAAGAGCAUAAGACGUGAAAUCGAGCGACGUCUCGAUUGCAUUCAGAAAAUCGCCUACGAACCGAAAUUGCUGUGGGACGACGAUAAGUAUAUCGUGAGACCGGACCAGCCACUGCCGCCUUACUACUAUCGAAUGCAAGCCGUCGAUGAUGUGAAAGUUUUGGAGAAAGAAAUCACAAGGAAUGAUGGGAGCGUGCGGCAUCCAAACGAAAGCCUGCGGGCUUUCUUGCUCAUCACGCUAGCCGCCCCGCUAAAUGGAUCAGGCCAGAGAAUGAUCCACCAGUUUUGCGAUAUGUACGAACACGCCCGCCAUGAUCCCAACGAGUUCGGUCUUGAAGAAUACGAAGCCUACCAUCGUCUGCUCCUGAAGCUAAUCGAUUCAGCAAAAAUGCUUAAAUCAUUCUCCAACAGCCGGAAAACAUCGCCAUCCAGAACACCAGUCAAGAAGCAAACAAAAAUGCACUCAUUGCUGGACCCGUCCCGUUUACGACCUCCUCCAUUAAAUUCAAGCCUCGGCAGCCUAUCAAGUCUUGGUGGUGGCGGCGGGGGAGCUGCAGGCGGAGACGGCAAAUCGCAGCUACACCAAUCAAAAGUCAACCUCACAUUAGGACUGCAACAAGGCAACGCAUCGAAUCUGACCAACUUGCAGUCGGUUGAACUGGACGACGACAAUGAAAUCCUCAGUAUAUCAUAGCUCAUAGUUGAAUAAAAUGUCCUUCGCGAAAGAGGGAGAUAUUUUUAAGGUGAAAAUCGGAGCAAUAAAUACUCAAAAUGCUUGCCGGAUGUA